AUGUUUUUCGGCAUUUCACGAUAUUUUCACUUCCUCUUUGUUGCAUUGUGGGAAUUACAUUAACCCGCGCAUGCGCAAUGUUGUAAGAAUUUUUCAAUCAGUUUUUCAAAAUUGUGAUGCAUUUUGUUGAUAUUUUCACGUUUCUAAGCCAAUGAUCUGUAAUUGAAAAACAUGAUCAUGUAGAUCGGUCCAUGUGGAAUACAACAAUAUUCUAUCUUCGUAGAAAUGGCCAAGGACAGUUGAGGAAACAGGAUUUCUUUUCGAUCAAAAAUUUGAAAAAUGGCAAAAAACGAAAAUCAGAAUGAAAUCAACAAAUAAAAAUAUUCACAAUAAAAACAUUAAAAAAAUUAAUCAAAAAAGUGACAUUUAAUGAUGGAUAGUGCCGACAACAAUCUAAAUGAUGUCCCUGAGAUCACCCCAUUGAAUGAAUACAAUCCGGAGAACUCUCGAUUGCGUGCAUCCAUCAGUUGGAUCCUCCAGAAGGCGUAUGGCAGCAACAUUCCAACAGACCUAGACACACCUCUCAUAGAAGUACAGGGUUCUACACAAUUAUCUGAAGGUGCACAGAAUAAAUUGGCCAGUGGAGAGGUCUAUUGCAAAGCCUGUUCCAAACUCUUUAAAAGCUCCAAUGCGCAACAAUGGCAAGCUGGGUAUUGGAGUGUGUUCCAGGCGCUCUCCAAGCGAGGCAUCUAUGUAGAGGAUGGGGAUACUCCUGUGACGGAGACUACACUUAUAGAGAGGCUACCAUUCAAUCUCUCAGGCCAUCUUGCACUUAUUGAGGCACUAAUGACAGCCUACGUCACAGACAUUAUUAGUAUAGAGAGGGUGGUCCAGUGUGUUAGGAAAUUCUCAACUGUGAAUGCAUCAAGUGAGCUGCCGUAUGAUAGUGAAGAUGCAUUGCUGUUCUGGGUGAACAAGUGCUGUUCCACAGUGCAGCACAAACUGGACAAGGUACAGCAAAGCAAGCAGCAGCAUCUCAUACAACAACAAACCACUCAAAAGGUUCGUGUUCAGAAAAAGCUUUUGACUCCAAGAGAAUUACCCAGCAUUCCAACAAUGGAGGAUCUGCUAAAAGACAUCAGUGAUGGUUGUUGCCUAGCAGCACUACUACAUUUUUAUUGUCCUAGUUCUAUAGAUCUUAAUGAUAUAUGCUUGAAAUCAGUGAUAGGAAUAGCAGACUCAAUUUACAACUUACAAUUAGUGAAAACUUUCUGCCAGCGCCAUUUAACGUCUGUUGGCUCCACGUUGAGAUUUGAGGAUUUCUUAUAUUCCCCUAGUGUGAUGAAACCCUGUGUUUUGGCACUACUAUGUGAUAUAUUUGACAGCCUUGAGAUUCACAAGGCUUCAUGCGUAGAGGAUGUCACCAAAUAUAUGGAAACAAAUCCUUCCUCAGAAGCCUCAAAAGGGAAACCACCAAUCCAGUUCCCAGCUAUAAGUGAAGCAACAAAGCGUAGUUUCCAACAGUCCCCUGUUACAGAGGGUGGUGACCUAAGAAGUGCCCUGUCUGGCAGUAAUCCUGAUCUGAGCCCAAGUGCAUCCCGGCAACCCUUGUUACCUAAGAGAUUUCAACAACAUAGGAGUAGCUUACAUGGUACAGAAACAACAGAGAGCCAAAGUGGCAGAUCCGCAUCUUUAGACGCUAGUGGUAUAGCUAGAGGUUCUGUUACAGCUUGGGAAGAGACCAAAGGAAGUAAGGAGAGUGGUGGAGCUGAGAGCUUAUUGACCAAUGUAAGCCUUGAUAGUGAGUUGGACCAGAGCUUUACUACAGACCAAAGUAUUGACCUAUCAGAUCUAGAGACCCCACGAUCUACCACUAAAGACUCCCAGCAUUCAACACCAGGGAGUCACCUUACUGACCCAGCACAUCCAGACUAUAUAAAGCUUGAGAGUGUGACUUCUAACAGAUCUGAUUCAACUAGUCAGCCCCCUAGAGAACCCCUCUUCCCUGCCAAACUUAAGCCAGCCAAAGAGAAACAACAGCUCCAUAACAAGGAAGUGGAGAGUGGAGAGAAACAGCCUAAGAGGAGCCCUAGUUCACCAGUGAAGCCUUAUAACCCACUACCCAAACCCACCAAUGGGUCAUCCAGUGAGGGGUCGACCCCUGAUGAGGCUUACUCUACACCAAGUGUGGAGUACGUCCCUAUGAACUUUCCACAAACUAGACCAACUGCCACAAAACCAGUUGAACCAGCGAGAAAUUUCGAAGCAUUUUAUGUUGAUCCCAGUGCAUCUUUACAGCGGAGUCUCCCUGAUAGUUCUAGCACAAUGAGUGGGGUGGCGACACCUAUAGCAAAAAGUUUCACAGUAGAUGAUAGUAUUAAUGACAGAGUCAGUGCCCAGGCCAGAGGCAUACCAGUUGUGGAAAGUGUAAAUGAAUCCAGUAAUUUCACACCCCAAGCAGAAAGUGGAUCUAGUUUGACAACGCACAUGCGACAACACAGUAAAGAGAGUACAGGGUCUGGGAAUAGGAGUUCAGGGGAGUACUCUGAUCCUGAAUUACAAAAGAUUCAUCGUGACACGAGAGAUCGUGAGGUUAGGGCUGACUCAGUAGAGACCAAUAGACCACACAGUCUCAAUGUACCUAAACCCAUCCAAGUGAAUUCAUCUCAGAGCAGUGACGCUCCAAGUACAAGUUUUGCCCAGAUGAAGAAAAACAGAGAUAACACACAAACAGCUGGGAUCUCCCAUCCUGCAUUUCGCCAAUCUGGGAAAGAAAAUAAUAGGACAAUAGAAACUAAUGCCAAAGUUUCAGAUAAUAAUGACAAUGAUAAAGCAAAACCUGAGGGAACACAGAACUCUGUUGGUAAAUCUACCACUGGUGGAAAGAGGACUACAUUUGCUGCAUUGCCCAAUCAGACCACUUGGCAAGAAAGUGCAACUAAAAGCACAACAGACAAAAACACUACUAGUGAGAAUGGAGAUACAAUUCAACCUUUAGCUUCAGAACUACUCAGUAUAAAAAUGAUGCUUGAAGAAAAAAGACGUCAGAUUGAAUCAGAGAAACAUAAAAUGGAAGCACAAUGGAGUAAACAACGACAAAGACUUGGCAAGACAGCUUUUCUACAGGUUGUUUCUAAAGGUAGUGCAAACACUAAACCUGCCCAAGCAGGUAAUAUCCAGGUUGGGCAGGUCCAGGAGCAGAGAGACAGCAAUCGCUCCACUCCACCACCGACCCAACCAACCACCUCUAAGCCAUUCUCAAGGCAGGAUAUACAACAGACAAUAGACCAUGUAAAGCAGAAGUGGUUCAAUGAAGAUGAAUCCAAACUCAAGACUGUCCCCCAGUCUAAGCCUCAGCAACCCUCGCAAUCUCAUUCCUCUCCCCCCGUCUCUAGAAAGAUAACUCCCCCUCAAUCAAGGGAUGUACAAAAUGUAAGUGGACAAACUCAGAGGCAAAGCCCACCCCCAAGACAAGGUAGCCCCACCCAGAGGCAAGCUAGCCCAACCCAGAGGCAAGCUAGCCCAAUCCAAAGGCAAGGUAGCCCUUCCCAGAGGCAAAGCCCUAAGUCUGUUAAACAGGGUGAUUCUGACCUUGAACAAUACAGCUCUUCAUUGGAUAAUUUAAAUACAAGUCUGAGUGAACUGCAAGGUGAGAUUAUGAGAUUAUCCCUGCAACAGGAGCAGAUUAAAAGUCUUGCCAGUGAAACAGCCCCUAAAAAGAAAACAGUCCCAGCCCUUGGAGUUACUACGGCAAAAGAAGAGUCUUUCUUCAUGCACCCCACGCAGACUAGCACCCCACCAGUACAGAGCUCAUUCAAGCAGACCUACACUGUAAGCUCAUCCCAGCCUCAGAUGGCUGAGUCAGCGCCUCCUAGGAGUCAGCCCCAAUAUGAGCCCCCCUCUCAGCAGCCAGUAGAUCAGUCCCAGGGGAGGAUCCAGCAGGUCUAUGAGCCCCAACCCCACCCCCAGUUUAUUCCACCCAGCACUGGUUACACCCAGCAGCAGCAGCCUGUGUAUAUGCAGGGGCAGCCAGGUAUGGGAUACAACCAGCCCAACCAUUAUCCCCACCCACAGGCCCAGGUACAUCAAUAUGCCCCAGGGGUCACCCCACCCAGGCCUGGGUAUAUGUUAGAGCAACAGCAGUACAUUGCCAACCAUGGUCAGUAUCCACCCAACCAGGGAGCUUACAUGGGACAAUACCAGCCACCAAUGUACCAACAGACAGUACCCCCACAGCAUAUGAAUCAGUACCCCCAAGGAGGAUACAUGCAACAGCCUCAAGGAGUCAUGUCAUCCCAUCCCCAGGGGAUUAUGUCCAGUCAACCCCAAGUCAGCGCAGGGAUGCAGUAUCCCACCCAGCCGCAUCUAUCCCAGACGUAUACCACCUCCUCCCAACCCCCUCUGUCACCAGGCGUGCAGCAGAAUGGUAUGGAGUUUAAACCAGAUCCCUCUUUAUCUCAGACAUAUAAUACACAGCCUAGCCCUGGCCAGGUCCCUAUGAGCCAGGCCUCCCCCACACCCACCCCUGUGGACCCUCCAACUGAAUACCAACCUCCAGACUAUACUGAUAGAAAUAAACGCUACAGCAAGGCAGAGAAUCAGAUGAUGAAUGAGCAAAGUAGACUCAAUGGUGUCUCUUCUCCUUCUACAACAUAUCUCCCCUCCCCUACAGUGGCACCUCAGGCAAGCUACACCUCACCCCCUGCAUCUCCUAGAUCCCCACAAACACACAUUUCACCCAUCAUGCAGACACCACCUACUAGUCCUAGAGACCAAAUUGGACACAUCAGUCCUAGAGACCAAACAGGACAUACGAGUCCUAGAGACCAAUUGGGACCAAUAAGCCCUAGAGCUCAAAUAGGGCCUGAUCCAAUAGCGGAGUACUUGAGUCCGAGAAAAGAAUCUGAACCUGAAAUUGAAGAUUUCACUGAACCCCCAAAUCCUAACGAUGAACCAGCUGGGUUCUUUAUAAACUUUGCCAAUGAUUCUCCGAGGCGACCUAAGCCCAAACCUAAGCUUGGCAACAAUAGAUCUGCCAAGAAAGAGAAAGACAACAACACUCCAAUUAAAUCAAAUGGCCCCAGUGCAACCAUAUCUAGUCCAGUGAUUAACAACGAAGAUAUAAAUGUCACCCCGGAGAAGAACAUUUUGAGAACACAGAAUGAGAAUGUACUGCAGACCCCACAAUCUGGUAAUGAGUCAAUUAAUAAGCCUGCAGAUAUCUCCAUUAGUCCUGUUGGAUUUACUCUAGGAACUGAAGUGCUAAGUCCGACAAGUGAGGACUCCAUAGCAAGAAGGAAAGAGCAGAUGAUACUGAACCAGUUGAAGAGGAGAGAACAGCAGGUUGAGAAGAGAGCAGAGAGGGAGGCAAAACUAGAGAAGAAGAGGGAACAAGAAAGACUGAAACAAGAAGCUGCAGAACAGAAGAAACUUGAAGAUAAAAUGAGAAGAGAUCAAAUAUUUGCUGAAUAUCAAAAGAAAAAGGAAGAACGUGAAAUCGCUGAGGAAGAAUCAAAAAUGGGUGUUCGAAAAGCUAAACCUAAACCUAAGUCAGCAAAAGGUGUUAAAUCUGUUAAGCAAGAAGAUGUUAUGUCGACUAGUUCCCAUUCUCAGAGUAGUCUAGAAGACGGUUACGGAGGCAGGGGAACAUCUCCAGGGAAGACAACAGGCCGUGUCACUCCAAACUUUGGAGGUAGAUUAGCCCCCAGCCAGGGUGGUCGUCUUACCCCCAGUCCUGGGCGCCUCACCCCAAGUCCAGGUCGCUUGACCCCCAGUAGCUCAGGGUAUACACUACGUACCUCAUCAAGUCGUUCAUCACUUGUCGAUAAAACCUCGGCUGCUCGUCGUACAAAUCCUACUAGACGUAACCUACCUCAGAGCAAGUUUCAUAGCAUGUAUGAUUUAAGAGGUUCUGGAGAUGUGAUGUCAUACAAGAUAUCUGAUGUGCCAGAUGGGGGAUCCAGGAAUGGGCUCCAGUAUGGUGGCCUGACCCACAGGCGAGCUGCUAGCCCUGACAGGCUGAUGGGGAGAGAGGGCAGUGACCAUGGGUCAUAUAACUCCAACCAGGAAUACAGUGGUCCAAAGUUGUUCAAGAAACCUAGCAUGAAGUCUAACCGUCACAUCAUAAUGAACGCCAUCAGCUACUGUUGUCUGGCAGGCACUGUCAACAAUGACGUCAAAAACAAAGUACUGGAUGAGCUUGAGCAUUCAGAAGCCAACCACUUUGUGAUCCUGUUCAGAGAUGCAGGCAUGCAGUACAGAGCUGUCUACACAUACAAUCCUGAACCUGAACUUGUCAUUAAGCUCAUUGGGAAUGGACCAAAACAAAUCACUGGAGAAAUGCUCGAGAAAUUCUACAAGUACAAUUCUGGUGCUAAACGAUUUACAGAAGUUCUUUCUACCAGACAUCUUUCUGUGUCUAUGGAUGCUGUGACGAUACAUGGACAUCUCUGGCAGUCAAAGAAACCAACCUCUGCAAGGAAACCUCCUGGUGGAACAUAUCGAUAGUUGAAUAGAGUAGAUCUUAUUAUAGGUUGGAAUUUGUAGUCUACAAUAGCUGUGUUCAUAUUUCUACUGAUCGUGGAACCUACAUUUAUGGCAUAUGAUAUGAUAAUGGCAUAGGAACCUAUAGAUUAUUAUUAUAUGGAACAAACUUAUUAGUGUUGCGUAUAAGAUGUAAAACUAAAACCACGAGAAGUACAAAUUAUGAGACACUAUUAAUUGCCAAGUCCGUUAUUGCUGGUGACAUGAUCCUGAGAGUGUGAAUCGGAACUAUUGAAGUCAUUAUUGAACAUAUCAAAAAGUAGAGCUAGAGCAGAUGUCAACUCACAAUGAAGUUGGAAAUUCCAAAUUGGAAUUAUUAAUCGUGCAAGAUAUGAAUAACAAUGGAAUAUGAAAUAGAAUACAUACUAGUUCAGUCUGUUAUCAUAAUUACAUGUAUAUCUACAGUAUAUGAAAAGAUAAUCUGAAUCACCUUUUAUUCACACGGAAAGAUGUCAUAUCAAUAUUCCCUUUCUGGGAUUGAAAUAAUUUAAAUAUGGGAAGGAAUACAGCACAACAAUAUUUUAUAUCUUCAAAUUGUGAAAACUGGAUGUAAUAAUUAGUUGAAACGAAAAUGCAGAACCCAAUGCCCGACAGGAUCAAGAUGAAAAUUUAUCUUGUACUGCAGUAUUAUCAAUCUACUGUAUAGAGGACUGUGUUACUAUGGUGCUUUAGUUGUUGUGGAAAAUGAUAAAUGUGUAUACCUCACAAGGUUUGCAUUUUACAUGUGGUAAGCAAAACAUUUAUAUCACUUGAUGGGAUGAGAUGGGACU